CCCUCCAGCCGCAGAGGACGGCCAUCGCUGCGCUAAUGCUAAUGCUAAGGGUUCAUUUACAGGAAACCUGUCAGUGGUUCUCCCUCUUUGGCCUGUCAAUCCAGUCAGCCAUGCAAUGAACUCUGGGAAGAGAGGAUGUUAAGGGAAAUCACCAAUGACACAAAGAGGCCUUUGGAUCCGAUGACCUUCUGACCUGCCAGCUAAUCAACUGCUCAUUACGUGAAGAACGUUUUCAAGCAAAACGCUACGACUGGCUUCCAGAGGGAAAAUAAUAAAUAUAUAUGUUUAUAUAUGAAAUAUGUGCAGAAGUAUUUUUCAAUGAAUCAGGAUUUCUUGUUAUAUUUGUAUUUAAGAUUGUAAAGCUUUCAGCAAUAAAUAUGUAUUGAUACACACACAUAUACUGUAUAUGUGGUCACAUCUGAUUACAUCGCCUUAACCUAACGUGACCUCUGACCUCUGCUGCAGGCCGACCUGAGUCAUGGUCACUCACAUUCAGGGAACACUCAAGGACAUUUCAGGAGGAUUCGAGGUGGUUGCAGAUGUCGGACUAGAACUGACUAUUUGGAACAUUUAGGGAACAUUAAAGAAUAUUGUUCUUUAAGGAGGCUUAUAAGAUAUUUACAGUUGUUAGAUUAAGAUUGAAGGAUAUUUUAAGGAGAUGUGGAGUUAUCAUGAUAUUUAUAUUUAUUUGUGAGAUUUUAGGGAUUUUUCUAGCGUAUUUAAGUUUUUUUUCCUGGUUUGUUGUUUAAAGUCUAUUAAUGCAUAAAAGAUAAAGACGCUGCUGGUCGCUCGUAUCACGAACAGAUUCAUAUUCAUGCAGCCGUGUUUCUGCACCAUCGUCUUCUCCCAGUGCAUGCUGGGAGUCAUGAAUAAACUCACAGGAGAAGUGUGAGUUUAUGUGAGAAUGAUUCCAGCUGUGACACGUCACACAGCAGUUGUUUCACAUCCUAAGAAUGACGCACAGAAAACCGACUGCAGCUCUUACUUUGGUUUUAAUACAAACCUUUUAUCCGAAUAGUUUCCUUUCUAUUGGGAAUUAUGUUUAUUGGAAAAACUGACAGUGCCAUUAUCUUGGUUCCACGGUGCCACCAUCUUGGUUCCACAGUGCCACCAUCUUGGUUCCAUAAUACCACCAUCUUGGUUCCACUGUGCCGCCAUCUUGGUUCGACAGUGCCACCAUCUUGGUUCCACGGUGCCACCACCUUGGUUCCACUGUGCCGCCAUCUUGGUUCCACAAUACCACCAUCUUGGUUCCACAGUGCCACCAUCUUGGUUCCACGGUGCCACCAUCUUGGUUCCACAGUACCACCAUCUUGGUUCCACUGUGCCGUCAUCUUGGUUCCACUGUGCCGUCAUCUUGGUUCCACGGUACCACCAUCUUGGUUCCACUGUGCCGUCAUCUUGGUUCCACAGUGCCGCCAUCUUGGUUCCACGGUGCCACCAUCUUGGUUCCACGGUGCCACCAUCUUGGUUCCACAAUACCACCAUAUUGGUUUCACUGUGCCACCAUCUUGGUUCCACAGUGCCCCCAUCUUGGUUCCACGGUGCCACCAUCUUGGUUCCACUGUGCCGCCAUCUUGGUUCCACGGUGCCACCAUCUUGGUUCCACGGUGCCACCAUCUUGGUUCCACAAUACCACCAUAUUGGUUUCACUGUGCCACCAUCUUGGUUCCACAGUGCCCCCAUCUUGGUUCCACGGUGCCACCAUCUUGGUUCCACUGUGCCGCCAUCUUGGUUCCACAAUACCACCAUCUUGGUUCCACUGUGUCGUCAUCUCGGUUCCACUGUGCCGUCAUCUUGGUUCCACGGUGCCGCCAUCUUGGUUCCACAGUGCCGCCAUCUUGGUUCCACGGUGCCGCCAUCUUGGUUCAGGAGCUUGAUGCUCUGAUGAACUGCAGAUUUCUGAAUGAAAGAAUCAGAAUCACAGAACCUUUAAUAAAUGAAGCCAUCCAUGGUUCAUGAUUUUUCUCAAUUUUAAAUCUCAUGAACUCAGUUUAAGAUAAUUAAUGACCUUUUUAAUCCUUUGUAGACGUGUGAGUUAACAGACACAAAAUGUGAGUAAGAGGAAGCACAAGAGAACACAAAACCCUGAUCUGACAGAGAGGAAGUCGCUGUUCGUCUUUCUUCUUCUCUGCUCUCGUGUGAUCUGCAAUGUGCUGAACAGCCGACGGUUUUGGUCACGAUGAAGACAAAGUGAACCCCCCCCACGACCCCCCCCAUGACCCCUCCCCCCAUGAACCCCCCCCCAACUGCGUGUUGGAAGGUUCUUUCCCGAUCUUUGCAAAUCCACUAAAUGCAUGCAGCCCGCACACCCACAGCAUGUCUCCUGUGUGUGUGUGUGUGUGUGUGUUCCAAGGGUUUAGUGACUACACCCAUCUGUCACCCCCCCCUCUGUCGCCUCCGUACCAGACAGAAGAACACGAGCUCAGAGUGAAGGAGGAACGUGUGGAUUCAGUCAUUUAGAAGGAAGACGUCACUUGUUCAAACAUGUUUGACGUUUAAAUGUCGGACGAUAUCCUGUCACGUGUGUUUGUUUGAACCAUAAAUACAACCUGGCUGUAAAAGUCUAGUUUGUGUUGUAACCAUAUUGUCCUCAAGGGCGUCUCGCCAGAGAAUUCAUGACUUUCUUCUUCUUCUUGUUCUGGGAGGGUUCCCCCACAGCGCCAUGCAGGUCGACAGGACGGGAUGAGGGCUGGUUGCCAUGGUGAUGCAACUAGGUUGUCUCUCUUUUCUGUCUCUCUCCUCAGCGUCUUACAGUCUUUGAUUUGCAUACGUUUGUGUUCCAGAGGACGGUGAAACGCACACACACGCACACACACACACGCACACACACACACACACACACACACACACACACACACACACACGCUCUGGAGGUAACGGGCUCGAGUUAGACAGCAUAUUGGAAAUGUCAAGAGAAUGUCUCAGAAGCUAAAUCAGGCACAUUAUGUGUGUGUGUGUGUGUGUGUGUGUGUGUGUGUGUGUGCGUGUGUGUGUAGAAAUACAGUAAUACUACAGGAGUACUACAGUCAUCGUACUCACGGGUCGACACUCGGCCCUUUUCAUUGGUCGGCAGGUCA